AUGCGAUCACAUAUCUCAACCAAUAGUAGUUCGUGUGCACUUGAAUAUAAUAAAAACAAUGUUGUAUUAUAUUUUCAAAAACAUAUACAUGCAUUUGAUUAUAUUGAUAUUGCAAGUGAAUUAGUUCGAUUUAUAUUUAAAAAAUCACCUGAUACAAUUGUUCAUACAAUAAGUGAUAAACUUGCAUCACCAUUAGAAACACUUAAACGUCGUGGUAUACCUGUUGAUCGUUUACUUCAAUAUAAACAACAAUAUAUACGUUCAACUGUUCAAAUGAUUGAACAAAAAUCUGAAUUAAAUAAUAAUAAUAAUAAUCAUGAAACUCAUGCUAAAAUAAAUGGUCGAGAAUAUACACAAACAAAAUUUAUUCAACAAGAAUAUGUUAAAAAUGAAAUUGAUCAUUCAUGUGAAGUUGUACCAUCUGCUAAUAUGACACGUUAUAAAGAUUUAUUUCAUUCAAUACCAUUAUAUAUUCAACAAGAUGUUCUUAUUACAAAUAAAAUGCUUGAUCAAGCUAAACAAUUAGCUUGGGUUUUAAUUGGACUUGCUAAUCAUGUUUUUAAAAUAUCUAUUGAAACAUUACAUCUCUUUCGAGAUAUUAAUGGAGCUCGCAUUGCAUUUAAUGAUCGUCAUGCGUUAUUUUUUAAUCUUCGUUAUUAUGAACAAGUUUUUGCUGACAAAGUCCAACCAUAUUUACAAGCAACGUCAUCAUCAUCAUCAUCAUCUAUACCAAUAAUACAUACAAUUUUUAAUUUUAAUUUUAUAUUGAUAUGUCAUGAACUUGCACAUAAUCUUGAAAUGGCACAUAAUUCUAAUUUUAUUCAUCAUUUGCAAACAAUUGCAGUUAAAUUUAUGAUAGAAAAAGAUUUAUUCUUACAGCAAUUUUCAUUUCAAAAUUAUUUGCAAAAUAAUUUUAUUUGA